ACCGCUGCCGCUUGACUUUCUCACAAACCCUCAAUUCCCUCAAUGUCAAUCCACAACUUCCCAAAUAAUGUCAACCCUCUUCCUCCACCUUCUCCUCUUCGCCGUCCAACUACUCCUCUUCACCCGCCUCCUCCGCCGUCGCUUCACCUCCGCCCUUCCUCCCGCCACCGCUUCCACUACUCCGGCCACCGUCCCCUCUCCUCCUCAACCCAGGUACAUCGUAUUCAUCAGCUUCCGAGGCCACGACGUCUGCGACACCUUCUUCAGCCACCUCCACAACCACCUCAGCCGCCACAAGAAGAUCCUCACCUACAUGGACGAUGCUGACCUCGCCCGAGGUCAAUCAAUUUCGGCGUCCCUCUCUACCACGAUCGAGAGUUCGACGGUCUAUGUCGUGAUCCUGUCGCCGAACUACGUCGGGUCCAGAUGGUGCUUGGACGAGCUCGUGACAGUCCUAGAGUGCGAGGAGCGUUACGACAAGAGAGUGAUUUCGGUGUUCUACGGCGGGGUGGGUCCCGGUGAUGUGGGGGAGCAACGUGGGAAGUAUGGGGAAGAAGGUUCCAUUCUCCGCCGUUGCCAUUGUUUGUGACUUUUUUUUAAUUAUUUUUUACUUUAUUAAAUGAUGUGGAAAUUAUUAAAUUUUUUUUAUUUUAGUUUUUUUAAUUGUCACGUUACUCAUUUAACGGUCAACAUUAAGAGUUGACCGCCACAUCAGCAAAAGUUAACGGAGACUAACGGUCAGUGACCAAACUUGAACUGUUAACCUAAUUUAAGUGACUACGGAUGGAAUAAAGUAAUUCUAGUGGC